ACACAUCAGAAGAGAGGUGCUUUUUUGUAUUUUGUUUGAUAGCAAAAAUUACAGGUGCUUUAGCUGUGGAAACUAUUUAUGACCUGUGUACUGGGCAGUCCUGCAGAGAAAUGGAGAGGUAUAGCAGUGCUAUGUAAGAGUUCUUGGACCAGGAUUUUUUCUAUCAGAGUGCAAGAUUUUUCAAGCUCAUGUGGACAGCCGGAUUGAUUUGGUGUGUGAAAGGUGACACCUAUUCAACGGAGAAAAUAUCUCCAGGGAGGAGAAAAACUUUAAAAGUGAUCAAAAAUUGAAUUAAUUCGGAUUUCAUUUAUCUGACAAGUUUGUUCACCUUCAAGUUUUAAAAAAGAAAGGAAACAGUCCAUUGAAAAAAAUUCCCGAUUUAUUAUCUUAGAUUUAUCCAUAUAAGGAAAAGUGACCUGAAGCUCCGAUUAAGGAAUAUAUUGUUUGUAUUGGGUGGCUUUAUAUUUUGAAGUGGUGUAGACUUGUGCGAUAUUGUGAUUAUCCUCAUGUUAGUGUACACCUGGAGAAAUGAUCAGUCUUUCAGUCUGACAAAUGAUUUGGUGUCGGAUCUUUAAUACAGACCUCCUUUAUAAAGAAAUGUAAAUGAAUAGAUGCUGACACAGCAACGAACCGGUGCAACAGGAGCCAAGUCUGUCCCUGAAAACUUAGCUCAGAUUAUGGAAAAUUCCAUGAUGUACCCUGGAUCCCCACACUCCGCGAACGUGAACCCCACACGACAAAGUAUGCAAUCAAACAGUUUACAAGACCUGGAAGCUGGACAAUAUUCUAUGCAACCUGGAAUUAACCCUUAUAUGCAGCAGCAUUCUCGUGGCUUGAUUUACCCCCAACAUUACCCCAGUCAUGGCCAGUCUUACAGUGUACACCCUGUGUCUCAAGGUUCCCCUUACAGGGAUACAGGAACUCCGUAUCAUGUCAACCAGUCCAAUGCAGGGUAUUCAGAUCCUCUACAAAGUGCUCAGUAUUCACAUUUACAGUAUUCUGUGUCGGGAACAAAUUACAAUUCACCAUUAAAUUAUUCUGUGCCUUCACCAAUGUCUCCUGUCCCCCACCACUCCAGGGCGAUGUCACCACCUCAUGCGAUGUCACCACCCCACGCCAUGUCACCACCUCAUGCCAUGUCUCCACCUCCUUUCUCCAGGGUAUCCUCCCCUGGGUCAGUGACCAGCCAGCAGUCUGCAGCAGCUUCUUUUUUUGCAAGGGCUGCACAAAAACUAGGAAAGAAGAAGAAGAAGCACCACCAACAGGAACCAGAUCUACCACAAUACAACACCAAGUACAAUGAGGUGCUGAAGAACUCCCCACCCCCAGCCCCACCCUGUCUUCUGAGGGCAGCAGGGCGACUCCAACAACCUGGAAUUGGAAAGGUAAAGGUCAUGUUAAAGAUUUGUUCUGAAGGACAAGCACAGUCCUGUUUAUCCAUCGACCCAAGGAAGAAACAGGUCACGGUCUUUGACCCCUCCACAGUUGGGGUCACGACCUCAUCUCAUCGUAGAACCACACCAACAGCUCCUAAGAUGUUUGCCUUUGAUGCAGUAUUUUCACCUGAUGACUCGCAGACGGAGAUUUGUUCCAGCAGCCUGACAGACAUUAUACAAGGUGUUGUCAAUGGAGCUGACGGCUGCCUGUUUUCCUAUGGAUAUUCCAGACAAGGUAAAUCCCAUACUAUGAUGGGAGAAGACGUGUCAGCUCAGACCUUGGGAAUCAUGCCUUGUGCCAUUUCUUGGCUUUUUCGUCUCAUCGAUGAGCAGAAGGACAAAACGGGAGCCAGGUUUUCUGUCAGGGUGUCAGCCAUAGAAGUGUCCGGAAAAAACGAACAACUGAAAGAUCUACUGGCAGAGGUGGCAAAAUAUACUGAAGCCGGUGUGGGAACAGCCCCUGGUGUGUACCUGAGAGAGGACCCAAUCUGUGGAACUCAGCUGGAGAACCAGAGCGAGCUCCGAGCCCCCUCCGCUGAGCGAGCGGCGUACUACUUAGACGCCGCCUUGGCCUCUAGAGCUCAAGAAGAUGAGGAGCUGAGAUCAUCUCACAUCGUGUUCACACUUCAUGUUUAUCAGUACAGGAUAGAGAAAGCAAAUCAAGCUGGACUUCCAGGAGGCUUGGCAGUGGAUUAUCAGUGUAAAAGUUCCCUUCCUCAGACAGGAACUGUGGCUGGAGGAAGAAGCAGACUUCAUCUCAUUGACCUUGGAAGUUCUUCAAAGUCUAAAGAUCCUGACAAUGUCUCACUUAGUCUCUCUGCACUGGGGAAUGUCAUCAUGGCUCUUCUUAAUGGUCAAAGACAUGUACCUCACAGAGAUAGCAAAGUGGCCCAGCUGCUGAGGGAUUCUCUAGGAGGAAUAUCCUGCCGUACGUGUAUGCUUGUUCAUGUCUCCUCGUCAGUAAGUCACCACAACGAGACCCUACAAGUUAUUCAGCUAGCAGCAAGGAUUCACAGAAUGAGGAGGAGAAAAACAAAGUUUUCAAGUACCAGCUCUGAUGACAGUUCCACAGAUGAUGGAAGACUUAGGAGACCUUUCAAAGGCUGUAGAAUGGGAACCCUCAGAGAAGAUAUGCUGUACCACUCUUCUCAUUCAGACCCUGACUAUUAUACCUCUAGCAGUGAACAAUCAUGUGAUACUGUUAUAUAUGUUGGUGCUAAUGGGCAGUCUCUCAGUGACCGUGAAAUCACAGACAAUGAAGGACCACCAAGGUCUGUUCCAAGGACAAAUCCAAGAUUACCUAGACGACCCAGUGGGUCAAGGUCAUCUGGGGAUGAGGGAUCCAAUUCAGAUAGUGGACGUAGUCAUGCAUCUUCAGAUUUCAAGUACGGGAGAGCUGCUAUGAUUCACAAUGAGAAUUUCAAUGUGAAUAGAACACUUUCUCCUAGAUUCCAGCCACAGCCUGUUAAACUACCGUCAACAGUGAGGGAUGUCAGUGUUGUGUCCUCUCAUGCAAAGUCACCACCAAUGUCACCAAGUGUGGGGCAGAGUCAACAUCCUCUCAAAACUCCCACACGUUCUAGAUCACAAGAUUCACCUCAAAGGAUGACAGUGAAAGGAGGACCUACAUCGGAACAGCUAAAAGGAGAGCAGUGGAUUGAUGGGCCUGGAGUAUAUUCAAAGAGCAAAUUAAUGGAGGAGCAGUGGAUUGAUGGACCACAGGCUUUUGUGAAACAAGAACUUGUCAAUACCUUGGAUCCUGCAAACAAACAUCUAUUCAAUCCCAAAAUGAAUGCUGAAGAGCAAUGGGUAGAUGGACCCAUUGAAAUGAUAGCUGGAUCUCAACAGCCAAACAAAGAAGGAAAAGCAACCAAUGCAAAGUUAUCUGUGCACACUAGUUGUAAAGUUGAAAAACCAUCGAAACAUAAGUCCAAACCAAUGCUUGACAUAAAAGAACGUCCUGAGAGCACUUUCAGUGAGGAAAGCAACUCCUCAUUGGCUGUGCAAGGCCCAGAUUCAAGGCCAGUAAGUUUACAUGAAUCUGAGGAAAAAACUGAAGCUAACCAGCAAAAUGUAAAGCCUUUUGUAAGAGACUGGGUUCAGAAACAUAGUACAAUUGUUGAUAGUAAAACUGCUCCAAAGAGAGAGGAUCAUUCUGAUAUCAUGGAAUCCCAGUGUAAAUACAAAAAGACAAAGGCAGAGUCUCAUCGUAAACUGAGUGCUUCAACGCCAAAACAGUCACCCAUGAAUUCACCAUCAGUUCCAAGAAAAACUAAAUGCGACUCGCAAGCUGUUGGGAAGUUGCAAAAGUCACACUUACCAACACCAUCCAAUCCCACCAAACGAGUCAAAGAUUGGAUACAAUCUGUGACGAUAGAACAAACCCAAACAAAUUGUGACAAUUUUGUGUCAGUUAGUGACUUUGGUUGUGAACUUAAUGCGAGGGUUUCUGAAUUGAAUACUUCUCAGGAUUUGUCUUCAUGUAGUAGCAUUCAGUUAGAAACUACUAUGGAAGUUGACUCUCAGUGUGAAACAACCAUGAACACAGCUCCCUGUAGCAGUGAUGGUCGACCAGAUGAGAUGGCAGAGUGCAAUAUUGGUGACAUUAGUUUUGAUAGCAGUGUGGAUGCUUGUGAUACCAGCAAUUCACUUAACAGGGAAUCUAUUUAUGAAAUGCAGAUGGAUGCACAACUAGAAAAGAGUGACUUGAAAAAUGUGGAUAUCCCAGACAAUGAUACAUUCAGUAGUGUUAGCAAAGACGAGGACUCAGAUUGUGAAAAUGAACCUCUUCUUGCAAAAGAGUACAACUUUCCUCAUUCAUUGACUGUGGAGAGCUUGAAAACACUUGUUGCAGAACCAUUUGGUGCCGAUCAGCAGAAAUCGAACCAGAAUCAAUCUUAUGAAGGGUGUGAGCUUGAUAAAAAAAUCAAAGAGAAUUUAUUCAUUUAUGACAAAGCUAAACCAAUAUCUUCAUUACAUCGUACACCUGAUGGUGCUUCAAAUCCAAAUUUAGUCAAUGAACUUAAUUAUGAAGAAAAAAUUGACAUGAAGUUCAUGAGAGGAGAAUACAUCAUCAACCAUGUGCAGCAGAUUUCUAGUCACAAUAUGGAUAUUUACCAGAAAGCUACCUCACUUGUUAAGUAUGAGGAACCUGAUGUUAGGAAAUCAAAGUCAAAGCCACCCCUUCCUAAAUUAUGUAAAUCUCACAGUGCUAGUCCAUCACGUUGUAAGGAUUUGAGUCUCAGCCCCAAAUCUCCUGGCUCGUACACAAGUAAAACAUCUUCACCAGGUGGUCAUGUCAGUCGUUCAAAAGAAAAGUCACGUCAGACUUCAACAUCUUCAAUGUCGUCACAGUCGUCUCUUCCGGUCACCACCAGUCCAUCUUCAAAAUCAUCAAAAUCUCCAUCUCCCAGUAAACUCCCCAUCUUUUCCAGUAAAGGAUCUCGUAAAAAAGACAAGGAAAAUAAAGUUGGCAACGGUCGUGUAGUUGAACUGAAUGCGUCCAGUAGAGGAACAGACUCUGACAGUGGUAAUGACAGUGGGAUUGUUGCACAUGAGAAAAAGUUACUUUCUCCGUAUAACACAGUGACAAAACCCCGCACUCCUAGCCAUUCCAGCAGUGGGCAUGGUAGUGACAACAGUAGUACUGUCAGUGCUGAUCUGAGGUCUCAGCUGGGGAUCAAGGACAAACUUCAUGGGGGGACCAGCAGUGGAUAUGAAAGCAUGUUGAGAGACAGUGAAGAGGCAUCAGCAACAUCUUCUGGACAGGAAGAGAGCAACAGCGAAACCCCCAAUGAUAAGAAAAAGGGAUCCAAAAAAAAGAAGUCAAGCACCAAACGGAGUCGCUCUGCCCCAGCUAGAUCAGGGGAGAGUCCUGAUGGUAAAGGGUCUGUCGUCUCAAGUCCCUCAUCUAAGGCCUGGGUGGACACAAGGCAAAUCCAGAGAAUCAAGGAGGAGCCAUUUGAAAUCAAGUUGUAUGAUAUGGAUGAUGUGGAGCGACUUGCAAGGAGACGAAAUGAAGAAGAGGAAAAUGAUCAGAAAAAGGAAAGAUUGUUGAAGCAAGGCAAACCACUGGAACUUAUUGACCACAAAGAUCAGAUUGUGAUGGAAAACCGGAAUUGGAGAUUUGACUGUCGUUUCUUCAUGUGCUUUUGCCGUAAUAAACAGAAACAAACAGACUUGUAAAUUGUCAAACUUGCCAAUGAAAUAAUAAUCAACUUUGGCUGCCAAAUAUUUCAAAGUGCAUUAAAAAAGAGAGUUUGCAGGAUUUGGUCAUGUGUGCAUUUGUUUUUGUUCUGAUUUUAUAUCAUUAUGCAUUGUACAUAUUGUAUAUAAACUUUAUUUAUAUAUAUACAGAUUGCAUGUAUAUUUACAUGCAUUUAAACUGUAAAAGAUUUUGUACAUUUUUAUUAUUUAUAUGUAUGCAGUAAAUAUGCAGUUUCCCUUUGCAAUAGUUUAUGCAUGGUAGACUUUGGGAAUUAUGACAUCUAUGUACUUAUAUAUUAUUUGUAAUGUGGUAUCAAUAAAUAUAUUUGUACCAUUU